AUGCUUCGGCUAACCCUAACACUUUUGGCCGCCGUGUUCCAUGGACACGUUCGCUCGGCAGAUGUGCUUUUCGUGCCGAGCACCUUGUUCCCCGUCCACUCGUACACUAUGGCCACGCUGGCAAACGAGCUGGCCGGCCGCGGCCAUCGAAUCACUUGGAUCGAGAUUGGACCAGUGCAGGUAAGGCGCAGAGGCGAAAUAGUGAAAUACAGACUUGCAACGGGCCGGGCCGGGCCAAAAUUGGAAAUUUUCCGGCCCGGCCCGGGAGGAUGCACCUAAAAAUUCAAAGCGAACUAGAACUUCGAAACGAACAUAAUUUUAUAGACUUAAAGGACCAGGGAACCCAAAAAUUUUUUGAUUUUUUUGUGAAAUGUUUUUGUGACUGUUUGAAUUGUCUCUUAUUGCCUCAUACACUGGUGAAAUGGUGACUCUCAAAAAUGCCAAUGAACGAAACGGCAUGCAGUUGAAGUUGUGGCCGUGGCCUAGCGCCAAUGGCCGAAAAAUAUAUAAAAAUAUAUGCGCUUCUCGGUCAUUUUAUUUUUUCCGCUUUUUUACCGGUUUUUUCCAAAAAUUCACGGUUUCUCCCAUUUUUCAGUUGAUUGACAUUGGUUCGGCACUUACUUAUUUUUUCACAGCUAAAAAAUUGUUUUCAUUCAGUCGAUAUGAAGUGCCAAAAUGGGAGAAACCGUGAAUUUUUGGAAAAAAACGUGUAAAAAAACCGAAAAAAUAAAAUGGCCGAGAAGCGCAUAUAUUGUUAUAUAUUUUUCGGCCAUUGGCGCUAGGCCACGGCCACAACUUCAACUGCAUGCCGUUUCGUUCAUUGGCAUUUUUGAGAGGCAGCAUUUCACCAGUGUAUGAGGCAAUAAGAGACAAUUCAAACAGUCACAAAAACAUUUCACAAAACAAUCAAAAAAUUUUUGGGUUCCCUGGUCCUUUAAAAUUGCAACAAAUCAGUCAAAUUUGGACCACGAAGAAAUGAGAACAAAGUAAACAAAAUGUGUACAAACAGAUUUUACUCAAAAAUCACUUUUUUUUAUCUUUCUUCCGUACCAAAAUUUGCAGUUGUUUCGCAGAAAUAGUUAGUUGACCGCCGUUUUCUUCAAGCACUUUGUCUUCGUCCAUUUUUACCCACCAAACUUUGAAAACGGCCUACGUUAUCGUCGUUUUGCUUCAAUUUCGAAGAUUCAUUGUAAAAACCAGCAGAAAUAGAAAAAAAGACGAAAAAGGCAAUGUUAUAGCAUAAAAACCUGUUAAAAAAUAGAAAUUGCUGUUUAAAGUCGCAAAAUUUUCACAAAAAUUACGAAAAUUUUCUCAAGAGUGGGCGGAGCGAUUGAUUGCAACUCUGGCACGCCAUUUUAGCAAUUUUGCCGCACGCGUUUUCCUCUUCCUUCAUAUUUUUUUUGCAUAUUUUUUUUGAGGUCUAACUUCCGGGCCGACCGGGCCGGGCCGGGAUUUGGCAAGUCUGGUGAAAUAUGGUCAACUGAAAAGUUGUAGAGCAUAAAAUGAGCUAUCGAUUGGUUUUUUAAACGUGCCGAAAUCUCGAAAAUCGACCGAGAUACAAGAGCCGAAAGUGAACUCUCAUUUUCAGUCGAAAACAGUGCUCUCCAAGUCGGUGACGCGCGAGCAUUGGCCCGCCCAUUCGGCGAUCAAACUCUUCAGGACAUUUAUCAGUUCCGAAAUCACACCUCACACACAAAAGUAAGCCAAUUAUCCGCAAAUUUCAGGCGAAAACCCCCGUUUUUACAGCUGUGGGACGCGGAUUUCCAAAAUUCGAACGAGCAAACGACCGGCUGGCUGGCGUCGAUUCGUCUCUGCGAUUCGGUGCUCGCGCGCAGCAAGGCCAAAUUCGAUAGGCUCGUCGAGCAAAAGUUCGACACGAUUGUCGUCGAUGAUUUGUACAAUCCGUGCGGAAUUCUGCUGGCCGCACUAAAAAGUGAGUUCAAGGGAAAUUGGGUUACGUUCUCGAGUUCUAGAAGUUUUUCAGCGAACACUUGACAACUAGUACGCACUUUUUUCUAGCGCCACUUUGAAGAGUACUGUAGCGCUCUUUUCAAGCGCUUCCAAAGUGGUCCUAGACAAAAAUGAUCAACUAUCAAAACAGAGUACUAAAUGUCAAGGCUUCACACAAAACGUUUGAGGGCCGUACGAUCUUGCCUUAACUCUACAAUAUCCGUUCAAAGUGUUCAGAGUCGGUGUACGUGUACUGGUCGCAAACCGCUCUGCGAACCGAGUCCGCGUGGGCCAACCAAUCGCCCUCUCCGCCCAGUUAUCUGCCGGUCGCCGGGACCGGACUCACCGACGAGCUGACAUUUUUCGAGCGCGUCUACAACGUGGCGUCCUACUUCAAGCAGCUCUACAUUCAUCAGCACAUUGUGCAACCGAGAAUCGACGCGGUUUUUCAGGUACUUGUAUUGUAGUUGUGUGGACGAAAGCAAAUCGAUUGAUUUCCAUCCCAGAAGUACUAUCCGGGCGUUGAGACGACGUUUGAAAUCGAGCGAAACGCGUCGAUUAACCUCGUCAAUACGCCGCCGAUUUUCGACUUUUCGAGACCCUACAUGCCACGUGUCAACUUCAUCGGAGCUAUUCAUUGUCGGAAGGGAGUGGAACUGCCGAAGGUAGAACUAAAACUUCUAUAUCUCGAGACGCAAUACCUAUUUGCAAAAGGUGUCAACUCGAAAGUUGUUGCAAUUUUUGUGCUCUACAACUUUCUAGUUGAUCACUUUACUCGAAAAGUGUUGGUUCUUGAGUUAUACGCUCUUUCAGGAGUACCUCGAUCCGAUCACCGCCUCGUCUUCCGGCUUCGUGGUCCUCUCGACCGGUUUCACCGCCCAAUGGUCCCUGGCGCCCGCGCCGAUCCGCGACGCCUACCUCCACACGUUCCGUUCGCUGCCCGAUCUCCUCUUCGUCUGGCAAUUCAACUCGCUCGCCGCCAUCCCGAACCUUCCGCCGAACGUCGUCGUCCGGCCGUGGCUUCCCCUCCAAGACCUGCUCGCCCAUUCGAAAUGUCGGGCUCACGUGACGCACGGCGGUCUGAACAGUGUCAUCGAGUCGGUGUAUCACGGCGUUCCGGUCGUCGGCGUGCCGUUGACCGCGCGUGGACUCGACAAUGUGUUGAGGGUGACGGCGCGCGAUUCGGGAGUGCUCAUCGAGAAGGAUCGGUUCGGUGCGGAGGCGUUGACCGACGCGAUUCGGGAGGUUGUCGACAAUGAGAAGUGAGUGUCGGCUGACGAUGGUUGCGAAAACGUCCAGCGGUUUCGGAAUAAGACACUUUGCAACCAAGACAUUUAAAAGCCAUCCCAAGGAUGUUCUGACCUAGUUGCAGAACGUCUCAAGCAGUUGCAAAGCAGUUGCAAAUAAAACUUGCUUCGAUAAUAUCGGAAUGUUGUGGAUUCUAGACGUUUUACCACUAAAGGACACUUUGCAACUAGAACUAUCUAAACCUUUAUGAUUUCAAAGUUUCAAUUAGUCCUAGUUGUCAGAAAAGUCACGAUCUGUAAGUAUCCAAAUUGCAGGUACAAAACGGAGAUGCUCGUGUUCCAAGACAUGGUCAUCGACGUUCCCUACACAGAGCUCUACCACGCCGCCUUCUGGAUCGAGUUCAUCGAGCGCCAUCAAGAGGUUCCGCACGCACGAAGCGGUGCCGAUCAUCUCAACGUGCUUCAGUACUUCCUCGUCGACGUCAUCGCCUUCUUCUUCUUCGUCAUCUUCUGCUCGUUGUCCGCUGUCUACCUGACCGUCCGAACCGUCUUCCGAGCUCUCGGAGCAUUGAUUGGCGGCGUGAGAGGAGCCGCCGCGCCGAGAGUUUUGGCAAAGAACAAGAAAAACGAUUGAGCUCUUCUGUUUGAUAGCCCCUAGCUCCCCCACUAUCUCUUUUUUUCAUUUUCGUUCGGGUUCGUCUCACAUAAAGUAUUGUUGAUGCAUUUUAUUUAACUGGUCGCUUAGUUGGACAAAUAUUAGGUAUCCUAAAUGGAAAAAUGUGACAAAAACAUGCGAUGACGUCAAGAUUGUAUCUUGUACAUGAACAUCUACGAGGUCGUUUGUGUAACUUGUGAGUUAAAGUGAAAGUUAGACGGAUAGGUCAUUUUUCAGUAUGUUUUUACCAUUUACACCCUGAAAUCGUCUUUUGUAGCGCAUGUACUCUAUAUAUAAUUGUCUUUUCAUCAUGUACGUAAUGUCAUCUUGUUGCAAAUUUUAUGCUGAUCAUUUUUGUAGUUGACAAAAAGUUUGUAGCUCUUUUGGUUUUCGAGAUAAUCGCUGAAAACCAACCUACGAGUUGCCUUUGCGUUUUUUCGAUUUAUCUCGAAAACCAAACGAGUUAUCAGAAAAGUGUCAACUAGAAAAAUGAUCAGCACAAAAUUCUCUAUUCAAUUGUAUCAUUUGUAAACUUAUAAUAUCAGAAACAUGGGGCAAAAAGUGUUCAGACACAUAGCCUGACGUUUUAAAGCAAUUAGAGUGAAAGUAGCGAAGGUCAGUUCUCUGUAUGUACUACGAAACACCCAGGAAACGUGUUUUGUAGCUGGACAAGACCAUUACCAAUUUGUUUGAAAGUUGUGGCCUAGAAGUUGAAGUCUUGGAAUUCUAGGCCAUCACUUUACUAGCCAUUAUCAUCAAUCCACUUUUGACCUGUAAAAGUACCAUGUUAAUAACAUGUUAUUGUAAAGUUUAUUGUAUCAUUGGAUAGAGAAUUUUGUGCUGAUCAUUUUCGUAAUUGACAUUUUUCGCGUAGCUCUUCUGGUUUUCGAGAUAAUCGCUGAAAAUGAUAAGCUCCCAAAAACCGGUUUUUUGAGACGGUUGAUUUUCAGCGAUUAUCUCGAAAACGUGAAGAGCUAUUGGAAAAGUGUCAACUGAAAAAAUGAUCAGCACAAAAUUCUCUAUCCGAAACUGUACCAUUUAAAUGGAUAAUAUCACUGACCAGGCCGGAACGUGUGUAGAAACAUUGUUAAACUUUCCAAGGCCAUUCCCACUCGAUUUUUUGACUAUUCCACGUGGCAAUCGUCUAGAAACUGGAAAAACGAACACACAUUCUGGUUAUGUGUACACAUUGAUAAAUUCUUUAAUAAUGAUGAUCUCGAACUGUUUUGGAGGGAAAAAGAGGGGCAAAAGAACAGGUUCCUUCCUUUUUGUCUCUCUCUCUCUCUCUCUCACCUGACUUCUUCUUCUUCUUCUUCUUCUUCUUCUUCUUCUUCUUCUUCUUCUUCUUCCUACUGGUCACGGUCUUCUCCUUCUUCCUUGUCAUCAUCAUUCAUCGAUAUUAUAGUUCUAUCGAAAGAAAAUUGGAUAUCGAUUGGAAUCAGUGGGUCUCGAUCAGUGAGAGGCCUUCUUUUCUGUUUUGUGAUCAUUCGUCUUGCCAGACCCCCCCUCUAUAUUUUUACCAUUAUUUUCAGUGUUUUCCUACUCGUUUCUGGCCUAGAAAGCCCAUUUGAUGGCCUAGAAUCUCAAUUUGGUGACUGUUCGGCCCAUAGAAGGUUUCUAGGCCAUUGAGCCGGAUUUCUAGGCCGCAACCUCCAACUUUUCAAUUUUUAAAUAAAAUUUGGAAUCCUAGGCCACGCUGGAACAUUUCUAGGCCAUGCCGUCGCACGACAUUUGCACAAGAACCAUGUGGCUCCUAUCGCUGCCGCUCGGCGUACUUUUGGUCCUUUUCGUGGCGCUCACCGCCUACGCAACUUACAGGUAAACAUUUUCUUCUCUUGCUGGCAAACUACAGUAAUCCCAUCGAUUUGAGUUUACAUACGUUCGUACCGAUCGCGCCGGACAAUGAGAUUAACUGCGAGUGCAUGCUCAACGCCACUUCCGACGAGUAUUUGACGUAUUUGGAGAAUCGGACGGUAUUGGCACCGACGGACAAUGAUCGAAGGUACAGUAAUCCGUUCAGGCGUACUGUAGUUUAUCAAUUCCAUUUCCAGUUGCUUCCAAAUCCGGCGACGUCGAUAUCUGCCGCAGGACAUGCCGAAAUCGGUGGGCGGCAAUCAUAACUUGUUUUUUAUUCGAGUCGUCAUGAGGGUACAGUAAUCUUGAUCCUACCGUAAUCUGCCUACAGUAAUCCUUUAGGACUAUGAUUUUGUUGAAGAAGUGCUCACAAUGAUGUACAAUCCCAUCAACUUCUUCUGCUUUGUGUUGGACUCGGCGGCGGAUGAGCAGUUUCAGCAGAGGGUUAGGAAAAGCGCCAGCGCACUGGAAAUGCGUCAACGCACCAACAUUGCGUUAACAGAUUUCGAUAGAGAAUUUUAUGCUAAUCAUUUUUGUAGUUGACAGUUUUUUGAUAGCUCUUCUGGUUUUCGAGAUGUGUUGAAAAAACUAAACGCCUCUCAAAAGUGCUAGAUUUUGGAAGCCCUUGGUUUUGAGCGAUUAUCUCAAAAACCAGAAGAGCUACAAACUUUUUGUCAACUACAAAAAUGAUCAGCACAAAAUUUUCUACAAAAUGACAUUUAACACUUACACAAAACAUGCACGUACUCAGAGUAUAGACCAGGGGUGUGCGGAAAAUUUUUUUCGGAAAAUUUCGGAAAAUCGGUUUUUCCGAAUUUUUUUUUUCGGAAAAUUUCGGAAAAUCGGGUUUUCCGAAUUUUUUUUUUCGGAAAAUUUCGGAAAAAUCGGAAAAAUCGGAAAACUCACUUGUUCAUUGGUUCAAUAAAGUGUUUAAACAACGUUCUAAUACAAAAAAUGCUUAUUAUGAUUUGAAAUCACUUGAGUGGGCGGAAGCCAAGCAAUGGAAUAUUUUUUUGCAAAAAAAUUAGCCGAGAGAAGCUCUCCGGGUCCAGUAUUUUCCGAUUGUCAGUGAGAAUGAGACGCGCGAAAGAAAUUGCGUAAAAUUUAAAAAUCAAAUUUAAAAAGACGCUCGCUGCUAGACCCUUCCAAAAAUUUUGUGAUGCGCCUUUAAAAAGCAUACGGUGGUUUCGGACAAAUUGACCUUGAAUCCACACUAAUUUUCCGAAAAUUUUGCCGAACAUUUUCGGAAAAUUUUCCGUCGGAAAAUUUUCCGAACAUUUCUCGGAAAAUCGGAAAAUUUCGGUAAAUCGAAAUAUUUUCCGCACACCCCUGGUAUAGACCCAACAAACUUACAUCAAGUUCUCACUUAUUCCAGAUGUUCCGAUUGGGAGAUUGUAUGGUCAAUAUAUUGGUGCCACGCGAAAUGUUCAACACUUCGACGGCUCACGGCCUUCUAAACGCGCACAAACGAUGUUUGAAGGAAAUCGACGAGUUCGAGUGGAAGCACGCAAUAAUCACGGCUGUAAGUUGGUGUGGCCUAGCAAAAUCUAGGCCAUGCACACCUUUUUUUCUUCGAAAAUGUUUCAGGAACACGACAUUCCACUUCAUUCUACCAAAUUUCUGUCCAGACGGUCUCGAAGACUUCGCGAUAUGGUCGAGAUGAAUGGGUGAGGCAGAGUUUCGGUUUUCCAACUUUUUUUUCUAUAUUUCAGAGUUCAUUUCAAAGAGGAACAGUUGGAAAAUGCGAAUCCUAACGAUACUACAUCUCAAUGUAAGCAAUAUCUGAGAAAAAUUCUGAAAAAUCUGAAAAAAAACAAAAAAAAAAUUGCAGUAUACCAAGUGACGAGGAAUUGGAUCCAACACUUGUGCUCCGUGGCCACAAUCAGUCAUAGUCAACACGAGCGACUCUACAAGUACCUUUUACAAACUCCCGACUUCAAUUUGCCCGAUGAGGAACAUCGCGAGACGGGAGUUGUUGAGCACAACUGCGACACGCACAAAUACGAUGUGGACGGAUCGUGUCUGUACGCCAUGGAGGCCUUUCCUAGAAUCAGGUAAGGACGGCGAUUUUGUUGCAAAUUUUGUGCUCAUCAUUUUUGUAGUUGACAAAAAAUUUGUAGCUCUUCUGGUUUUUGAGAUAAUCGCCGAAAACCAAGAGCUUCCAAAAUCUUUAUUUCUUUUGAGAGGCGUUUAGUUUUUUCAAUAUAUCUCGAAAACCAAAAAAGUUAUCAAAAAACUGACAACUACAAAAAUGAUCAGCACAAAAUUCUCUAUCAAAAUGUAUAAUAGUUAACUGUUGAAAACGCUUAAACAUUCAUAAAACUCUUGCAGGAACACGACGCGCCUAUUCAUUCGAGCCGAUCCGCACUACGACUUUGGUUUUGUGCAGUGUGUGCACGAGGUAGUCUUCGAAAGGACUUAUUUCGAUCCGAUUUCGAAUAUGAAUGCUAAUAAUUAUCUGUACGGCUCUCAUACGAACAUUGACGAUUAUCGACCGUAG